AAAAUGGAAAUCAAACAAAAAUAUUGACACGACACGCGUACGUAGAAAUUUAAAAUUAGCACGAAUAGUUUGUUACUAGAUCUUAAGAUUAUUAAAUACGAUUAUCCAGGAACAUGGAUCUAUAUUUACUCAUUGGAAUCGCUGUAGCUUUGUUAGUUGUGCUAGUAACAUUAUUAUUCCUUUCGAAAGGAAAAGGAAAACCUGGUGACGGCGCCGGGCAGGAACAGGACGAACGUGAAGCAAAUGCUCCGCCACGUCGUGCACAGGUGGUCCGUCAGCAGCGGAACCGUGCUAGGGUAGCCGCAGCUGCACCGGCCGAACAACAUGCGGCACACCGCGAUGAAGGCGACGAUGACGAUGAAAUUCCCCAUGCGGGGCAGGAUUUGGCCGCCGAAAAGAUGGGUGCCAAGAAGCGAGCUAAGCUGGAGGCCAAAGCGGAGAAGAAGGCCCUCCGCGAGCAGGAACUGAAGAUGCGGGAGGACCAAAAGAAGAAGGACGCCUUGGUCGAAGAGGAACGUAAGCGGCAGGAGGAGAAGGAAGCCGAAGAGGAGCGGAAACAGGAGGAGGCCGAGCGGAAAGCUCGCGAGGAAAGGGAGAGGAGGGAGCAUGAGGAGUAUCUUAAGAUGAAGGAAGCGUUCAGCGUCGAGGAGGAGGGAUUCGACCAGGAGGAAGAGAACGAUAAGCAGAACUUGCUGCAGGAGUUCAUCAAUUUCGUCAAGGAUAACAAAGUCGUCGUCCUGGAGGAUUUGGCCGUACACUUCAAGCUUAAGACGCAGGCCGCUAUCGAUCGGAUACUCGAGCUGCAGAAGGAAGGUCGUCUGAGCGGUGUCAUCGAUGAUCGUGGAAAGUUCAUUUACAUUUCCGAGGAGGAACUCAAUGCGGUUGCCAAAUUUAUCAAACAGCGAGGGCGGGUUUCGAUUACGGAACUGGCAGAGAACAGCAGUAGUUUGAUCAACUUGGCACCGGCUACGGCCGAAGUGAAAUGAACAGCUCAGGUAGUAAACGGUGAAAUAACUGAAUUAAAAAGGUAAGUAGAAAACGUUUUGUGUUAAAUUAUAAAGUUCUCAAUUCAAA